AUGGCACCAUUCGGCACGAUCUACUCUUACAUGCCCAGCCCUCGGGUCAUGAAGGCCCAGGCUGCGGCUAACCUGAACGGCCUCGAGUUGGCCAUCUUCCCCGACUUCGCCAUGGGCAAGACCAACAAGACCGAUGACUUCCUGUCCAAGUUCCCCCUCGGCAAGGUCCCCGCCUUCGAGGCUGCCGACGGCACCACCGUGUUCGAAUCCGACGCUAUUGCCCAAUACAUCGCGGAGUCUGGUCCCGCCAGCGCCCAAUUGCUCGGUGCUACCCCGGCCGAGCGCGCCAGCAUCCGCCAAUGGAUCUGCUUUGCGCAGGGUGAGAUCCUGGACCCCGUCACUCAGCUCGCCCUGUGGCGUCUGAAGAUCCGGCCCUACGACGAGGCCACCGAGACCAACAACCUGGCCCGCCUGGAGCGUUCGCUGGGUUGUCUCGAGACCCACCUGAAGGGUCGCACCUGGUUCGCCAGCGAGGAGAAGGCCAGCAUGGCUGAUAUUACCGUUGCCUCUGCGCUGGUCUGGGGUUUCUCUAUGGCUAUUGAUGCUGAGAUGCGGGAGAAGUUCCCUCUUACUGUUGCCUGGUAUGAGCGUCUCAUCCAGGUUGACGGUGUGAAGCAGGCCUUUGGAGAGAAGAACUUUGUUGAGAAGCGUCAGCCUUACCAGGGUUAG